CCCUGAUCCCCGUCUUCCCUCGCGACCCAGACCACCCUCCAUCACCCCCACACGCACAGCGGGCCCACCCAACCAAAUCCGGAACCAGGUUGGCCCACGAAGGCAGCCAGGGUCUCUUCUUCAAUCGGUGUCGUCAGGCAUUCUUUGCACCCGCAACAGGCCCCUUCUCCUGCUCAUACCCCCUUCGCCCAACCGGCCCCGCGAGGGAUGAAGGGCGGCGUGCCGCCGGCGAUGUCGCCGCCAUCCGGGCCGCCGCCGGGAGCUUCGGUCUCCAGCUCCACGCUCGCUGGGCCGCCGUCCACCGCCGCCGGCGGCAUGGUCGAGUACUCGAACAACGAGUUCGUCGGCAAGACGACCAGGAUACCGCGUGGCAUGAGCACCGUGCAGGCCUUCAUGAUGAGGCCCACGAUGAAGAUCCGCAUGCCAGAACCUCCAGAGUCACUGGCAGCGAAGGCCAAGGAGGUGCCGAAGCCGAAGGUGGGCUCCAAGGUGAAGAUCCACGGACUGAUUAUGAAGGCGAAGUACAACGACUGCAUUGCCGAGUGCGAGUCUUGGGACGAGGACGUCCUGAGAUGGAGCGUGCGGCUCGGAGAUGGCUCCACCAUCAGCGUCAAGGACGCCAACCUCACCGUCAUGGACAGCUGAGCGCUCGCCGCCCUGGACAGCAGGGGCCGCGGCGCGACCCGAGGGCAGCGGCGGAAGGGCGGGCGGCAGCACGACGCAGU